AGUUUCUCACGCGUGUGUCAAAGUUGAAUAUAAGUUAAAUAAUUAAAUAAUGAAAUUUAGUGGCUAUAAAUUUGUAAAAAUAAAAAAAAUUACCAUCUAACAAAUAGCUUUCAUCAUGAAGUGUAUUAUUUCUGGAUCAAAUAUAAAAAUAUUAGCUAAAGCAAUUCAUGCUCUUGCAAAAAUUGGAGAUGAAAUGUAUGUGCAACCUCAAGAGGAUUCAAUUUCAUUUCGAGCUGUUAGUAUGUCAAAUUCUGCAUAUGCAAAUUUUACAAUGUUUAAAAAUUAUUUUUCAUAUUACACUUUUGGAGAUCUCCAGGAUGAAGAUACUUUAAAAUGUAAAAUUUCAAUGAGAUGCGCAAUAGGAGUUUUUAAAGCACCUCAUGUAAUGGAUAAAGUUCUAGAAACAUGUCACAUAAAACUAGAUCCAAAUGCAUCAAUAAUUUGUUUUAUUUUGAAAUAUAAAAACAGCAUUAUUAAAACUCAUCGACUUCCAAUUCUUGAUUGUGAAACAAUAAAAGCAGCGUACAAAAAAGAUGGACUUCCUAAUCAAUUAUCAGCGCAAGCAAAAGUUCUUUUGGAUGUUACUCAAAAUUUUCCUCAAAAUAUGAUUGAAAUAACAUUAGAAGUUACUCCACAAAAAGUUUUAUUAAGAAAUUACGUUGAUGAAACGACACAUUUGUCACAUGGUACACGAACUCAAAUUGUUCUCGGUGUUGGAGAAUUUGAUCAUUACACAAUAGGUUCCAAUGCAAAUGUGACUUUUUGUUUAAAAGAACUAAGAGCAAUUUUAGCAUUUGCUGAGAUUGUUAAUUUGCCAAUUAAUGUUAAUUUUGAAGACGCUGGGAGACCUGUGGUUUUUGUUCUAAAAAAUCCAUCGUUUGAAGCGAAUCUCGUCCUUUCUACUCUCAAUCCUGAGGUGGAAAAUCAAACUCUUCCAUCUCCUUCUGUGAAUGUAGGUCUUAAAAAAAAGACAACCACCAAAAGAUCAUCGAAUAAAACAUCAAAGACUGUGUCUAAAUCAUCAAAAUCGAAGAAUUCGAUAAAAAAUAAUCAAACUACAAAAUCCUCUAGUCAUAAUAAAAAUACAUUAGAAGAGGAGAGAAUAUCAAUGAAUAGUGUUCAACAAGAUAUUUUUGGUGAAAAUCAUGUGCGCCAAUCAACUCAAAUGAAAAUAAACUCUCGUGAAUCUUUAAUCGAUUCAUCAUCAUCAUCAAAUAGUAUCGUAAAAAGAACUAAUAGUGCUCUACAAACUUUAUUUCCACCGAUAUCAAGGAGAAAAUCAAAUCCAGGUGGAAGUAAUCAAAGGAACGACGAUGAUAUAAUUCCAUGUUCACCACCUCGACAGCCAUCCAAGAAAGCGAGAUUAAUAUUCCAAAAAUGCUUUAAAGCCACUUACGAUCCAAGAAUGAUGCUUGAUCACGAAGAAGUGUUAGCAAAAGAUUCUGACGAGGAAACAUGAUGUAUCCAUAAUAAAUUAAACUAAAAAGUGCUCGUGAUUUGUUUCCUAAAACAAUUAUUAUUUUAUUCGUGAGGAAUAAGUGUUAUUUCAUUUCUUAAGUUAAAUAUCAAACAUAAUUAUUAUUUAAUUUUCAUUUUAUAAAAAUUUAAAUAAUAUUUAAAUAUUCAAAUUCACUGAGAAUAAAGUAACUUUAUUUUUAUAUAAACUCAAAAUUUAAUGUUCAUUUGUGCAAGUAUUUCAAAAAAAAAAAAAAUGUUUUGUUCAUUUUAACAAAACUUCUGUAAUGUUAAAAAAAAAAAAAAAGAAAAAAAUUGUAAAUUAUAGUUAAAAACUAGACGAAGGGGGAUUAUUUAUUACUAUACCUAAAUAUAUUAGCUUUUUCAAAAAGUAA